AAUAGAUAGAUUGAAUAUCAACACGAUUUACAAAGUCAAAAUCCAAGAUUAUGGAAGAGAAGAGCAUGAACGAUUUAUGUAUUCAUUUUAGAAGAGCUACAAGUCAAGAUGAAUAUGAUGUUUUGGCUUUAGGAUCAUAUUAUCAAGGAUUAGAUAGCAUUUCAUACGAAUUUGGAAAAUUAAUUAAAAAUCCUUUUACUGUUUGUACUGUUUGUUUGUCUGGUGAUAAGAUAGUAGCGUUUGAUUGCGCUAUUGUAUCAAAAUGUCAAACGUUUGUUAGCUAUUGCCACGCUAGAACUCAUGAAAAUUUUCGCAAGUUUGGUAUUUUUGGUAGUCUAAGAAGGUUUACAAUGUUAAAUGUAAGGAUGAAAUAUCAAAAUAUUGCCGAAAUUGGAUUUAUAACUCAAAGCGUUGAUUUAUGGGAAAAUUUAAUUAAGACGAAAAAGAAACCUGGCCGUAUUCAAGCUAUAAUUAUUGAUAAGAUACCGCAUUGUAUUGCUGUUAAAAUGCAAUUUUCAGAUCAUUGCGCAAUUGUUGAAAAAAUAGCAAAAUUCAAAUCAAAUGAAAAUAUGAUAUUCAAGAUUAUUUUGAUAAUUAUCCUUGUGGGUUUAUUAAAAUUUGCUAGAUCAUUGGUUAUAAGCAAUUUAAAAGAUAAAUGGGUAUUAAUUACUGGAUGUGAUAGAGGUUUUGGUAAAAUUACAGCUCUUCAGUUAAAUGAUAUGAAUGUUGGCGUAAUAGGUUGUUGUUUGACUAAAGAAGGUGCUGAUUUCCUAAAUAAUAAAGGAAUAAAGGCAAUUUGUUUAGACGUAACAAACGAGGAAAGUAUUAAUAAUUGUUUUGAAGAUGUUGUUAAAAUUAUUGGAGAGGAUAAAGGUCUUUGGGCUAUUAUUAAUAAUGCAGGUAUAGCUACAGUUUGCGGUCCAACUGAAUGGCUAAAUGGAGAUGAUUUUAGAAAACUUUUCGAAGUUAAUACGUUAGGCGUUAUAAAUAUGACAAUUAAAUUACUACCAUUAAUUAAAAAGGCAAAGGGUAGAGUUGUUAAUAUGGCAAGUAUGUUGGGUAGAUGCGGUCAACCGUAUGUUGGACCAUACGUUGUUUCCAAAUUUGCUGUAGAAGGUUUUACAGAUUCUUUAAGACGGGAAAUGGCGAUUUGGAAUGUAUCUGUUCAUACCAUUGAACCUGGAUACUUUUUAACUAAUAUCGUUGAUUUUGAAAAGUACGCCUAUAAACAAUUCAACAUUCAACCGAAGGAGAUGCAAGAAAUGUAUGGUAGAGAUUUCUUGGAAGACUGGAUUCAAAGUGGAAGACAAUUCAUCAAGGACAAUUGUAAAUCGGAUCUUAGCCCUGUAAUAAACGCCUACGUUCAUGCAACAACAGCCAAAUUCCCAAAAAGUCGCUACGUUGUUGGCGGGGAUGCGAAAUUUUUAACAUUUUUAGCAUCUCACCUACCUGAUUUUGUUCUGGAUGCUGUUUAUGAGAAAAUUUUGAAAAGAGAUGGCCGAAUAAAACCAAAAGCUGUUAGAGAAUAG